GCCAAUCCGAGCGUCGCGUUGAGAAAUGCUAGGUCGCUGCCUUCGUGCCUGGAGCUGCAACUUUUGGCCUAUAAAUCCUCCCAAAAGCGCGACGCCGCCGGGGAACAUAUUGGCGACGAAAGCAUCUCCCGAGCCUUCAGCCCGUCUAAUUCAAGGGCGAGGAAGAAGGCGAAGAAAUCCACGAGACGGGGAACCUCGCGCUGCUACGCGCCUGGGCGUCGAGGGUAAAAAAACAGUUGAAAAACUCGAAAACCGACUCCGCGAUCGAGAUUGGCAAUCUUGCCGACGCUCGAUUUAGAUAUCCGACAUCAUGUCCCUGUUCGGCUCCGCAGCGGCGAGCGCCUCGGCGUCGACCACGGUGGGCGACUUGAAGCAGGACGUCGCGCUGAGCGAUCCUCCGACCGACAGCAUCUCGGACCUCGUCUUUUCGCCAGCCGCCAACGGACCCGACUUCCUCGCAAUCUCCAGCUGGGACAACAAGGUCCGCAUCUACGAAAUAGCCCAGAAUGGCCAGAGCCAGGGUCGUCACGCGUUUGAGCACAGCCAGCCUGUUUUGGGGUGCGAUUUCUCAAAGGAUGGAACAAAGGUAGCCUCCGCCGGUGCAGACAAGAACGUCAAGGUCUGCGAUCUGGCGUCCCAGCAAGACAUUGUCAUCGGAACACACGACCAGCCUGUACGGAGCGUGCGCUUCUUCGACAGCGGCAGCGGCACCAUGGUGGUCUCCGGCUCGUGGGACAAGACGGUCAAGUACUGGGACCUCCGGCAGCAAGGCCCUGCGGCCACUCUGGCAUGCCAGGAGCGUGUCUACACCAUGGACGUGCAGCAGAACCUGCUCGUCGUCGGCACGGCCGACCGGUACAUCAACGUCGUCGACCUCAAAAACCCCACGAAAUUCUACAAGACACUGCAGAGCCCCCUUAAGUGGCAGACUAGAGUCGUCAGCUGUUUCCCUGACUCGACGGGCUUCGCAAUCGGUAGUAUCGAGGGCCGUUGCGCUAUUCAGUAUGUGGAGGAGAAGGACUCUACAUCCAACUUUUCAUUCAAGUGCCACCGUGACCCGGCCGUCAACAACGUGGUCAACGUGCACGCCGUCAACGACAUUUCUUUCCACCCGGUUCACGGCACCUUUAGCACGGCGGGAUCGGACGGCACGUUCCACUUCUGGGACAAGGAUGCCAAGCACCGUCUCAAGGGCUACCCCAACGUGGGCGGCAGCAUCACGGCCACGACGUUCAACAAGACGGGAAGCAUCUUUGCCUACGCCAUUAGCUACGACUGGAGCAAGGGCUUCCAGCACAACACGCAAAACUACCCCAUCAAGGUCAUGCUGCACCCCGUUAACAACGACGAGUGUAAGCCCAGGCCAUCAGCCAAGAAGAGGUAAAACGGAGAUGGCGUGAAGACGGUGAUGAGAUGGCGGUGUAUAAUAAUGGAUGGCGGUUGUGGGUUGCGGAUCGCAUGAUCAAUUCCAGGACGGUGGAGCAAAGAGAUCAUGUGUGUGUGUGAAGCUCAAGUUGAUGGUGGAAAGGGGACAAGAUGGGAUUGUCGGGACGAGAAGACGAUACCUAAUCUACGACGCUUUUUUUUUUGUGCGCAAUGAUGUUAUAUAGGCGCUACUAUCCCCCGGAGAGUCAGCAUAUCGGCGUCGAGCAUUAGAUGUCGACGCCGAUAGUUUGUCAAGAAAAUAAGGCCUUGUUUUUCGCUACAUUGAUUCAUGAUUUGAUAUGUUGAAAGCUGACCAUCGGGCAUGCGGAGAAUAAGUACGAUGGAGAUCAAUCACAGAAUGGUUAUCGCGAAUUGGCACCAGUAGUUUAGAUAAUGCAAUGAUGCAAUGAAG